CGCCACCGUCACAGUGAAGCAAACAGAGCACCGAUGCGGACGAUGAGACAGCUGCUGGCGACGGCCAGAGACAGCGCCAGAGCACUGUCCACGGGCAGUGCUCUGUGGAACAAGAACGCCCAGGACAUCGACAGGCUGAACAGCAUGAUUAGGCAGAAGCUGCUGGAGAUGGAAGAGCUCGAGAAGAAGCGGAUAGAGGACGCGAAGAAGCCGAAGCUCGCGGACUUCACGAGGCCCAUACUGCUGACGUUGGGCAUCAGCUCGAUUGUGUACUUCUCGUACCACCUGCUGUGGUGGAACCUGGAGUACGAUGAACGAGAAGCUGUGCUGAAAGAACUCGUCAGGGAGAAGGAACUGGAGCUCCAGGGUGCCAUUGAGGAGCAGCAGGCGUCGGCUCCAGCCUGUAAGCCGUGGUAUAGACGGCUCAGACUCUGGUGAGCGGCCCUGCCUGUACAUAGUAACACAAUAUAUGAG